AUGACAUUAUUUCAGAGUUCUGAGAAAGCUAAUGAUCCACUUGAUUCUUCACAAGAUCGUGGGAAGGAGUUCAAAACUGAAUCUCUUUUAUGUCGCCUGAAGUAUCAGAAUAAUUUGCCAGAGCUCCCUUUCGACCCUAAAUUCUUAAUAUAUCCUCUCGAACCUUCCAGAUUCCUUCAAUAUGUGGCUACCUCUCUGGAAAGGAAUUAUAAGCAUGAAUUACUCACGGAAACAGAUGUGGGAGUUGAGGUUGACUUAAUUGAUCCUGAUGUUUUUCGAAUUGACAAAAGAGCGACUCUUCAUCCGGAUGAUGAACGACUCUUGGAAGAUGAGGCUCCUACUUUUGUCAAUGCACGUAAAUCUAGACAUCAAAAGUCAGUGUCCUGGCUGAGGAAAACAGAAUAUAUAUCUACUGAGCUUUACAAUCGUUGGAACAAAUCUGAAAAGGUGGAGUCCAGACUUGGGUACAAUGUUAAACGCCAUCUCAAUGAAGAGAUCGUGUAUCGUGAUCGCGAAAGCCAGAUCAACGCCAUUGAGGAAACGUUCAAAGCAGCUGAAAAGCCUAUUCAUAAGCAUUAUAGUAAACCAAACGUCCACGCUUUGGAGGUACUUCCAGUAUUACCGGACUUCACAUUAUGGAGAUAUCCAUGUGCACAGGUUAUUUUUGAUGAUGAUCCUUCUCGUAAAAAUAAAACUACCACCGAACAAAAGGAGGAGGUGAAUCAAGCAAUGAUUCGUGGUAUGGUAGAUGAAUCUGGCGACCAUUUCGUUGCUUACUUCCUACCAACUGAACAGACUAAACAAUUACGUCGUUUGGAUGCUGAAAAUCAAACACCAUAUACUGAAGAUGCUGCCUAUGAAUAUGAACUUACACGAGAGUACAAUUGGAAUGUCAAAAAUAAAACUAUGGCCAAUUAUGAAGAAAAUUAUUUUUUCUGUUUUCGUAAAGAUGGAGUUUACUAUAACGAAUUAGAGACCAGAGUCCGUCUCAGUAAACGACGUAAAUUAAACCAGUCUGGUACUAAUGUUGGCGCUCUACAAGCCCCCAAAACUCGUUUGAUUGUUCAUCAUCGAGAUUUCACAGAUGAAGAAUUGAAGGCUCAAACUGACCGUUUAUAUAUGCUUGAACAUGAUGUUGAAGGUGACGAAGAUGAUGAAGAAAAUGCAGAUGGUGAUGAAAAUGAUGCUGAUGAAGAAACAAUGAACAAUGAAAGAGAGGCCAAUCGUAAGACUAAUUAUAACGGUAGUGACGACGAAGAAGAGGCAGAGGAUGGAAUUAGCGAUGGUCAAAACACUGAGGCUGGAGAAGAAGCAGAGGAGGAAGCGGAAGUCGAGGAAGAAGAUGAAGAGGUCGAAGAAACACAAAUCGGUGAAACUAAAAAACGUUUCCAAUCUAAUGAUAACUAUAAUCGUUCUAAAACAUCUCAUCAUUCUGAUGAAGAAACUGACUUAAGUGACCUAAGUGAUUAA